GGACAGAGUUAAAGUGGGAGGUCCCUAGAUUGGUCCCCUCCCGUUCAGUCCCGGGCCGCGCCUGGGUCCCCUCCCUCCUGCCCACUCGGCGCCCGCACCUCGGGCCGUCAGGACCCGAGCUGUCCUCGGAAGUACCCAGACGUCCUCUCCAAGCCAGGACAUCAGGGCACAUGACGACUACUACCAAGAUGCUCCAGGGUUCUUUUUCUGUGCUCCUGCUUGGGGGACUCUUGGGGGUCCUCCAUGCCCAGCAGCAGGAAGCCAUCUCACCUGAUAUCUCUACUACUGACAGGAACAACAACUGUCCAGAGAAGGCUGACUGCCCAGUCAACGUGUACUUCGUGUUGGACACCUCGGAGAGCGUGGCCAUGCAGUCCCCCACAGACAGCCUGCUUUAUCACAUGCAGCAGUUCGUACCACAAUUUAUCAGCCAGCUGCAGAACGAGUUCUACCUGGAGCAGGUGGCCCUGAGCUGGCGCUAUGGUGGCCUACACUUCUCGGACCAGGUGGAGGUGUUCAGCCCCCCAGGCAGCGACCGGGCCUCCUUCACUAAGAGCCUACAAGGCAUCCGCUCCUUCCGCAGGGGCACCUUCACUGACUGUGCCUUGGCCAACAUGACCCAGCAGAUCCGGCAGCACGUAGGCCGGGGUGUAGUCAACUUUGCCGUGGUCAUCACCGAUGGCCACGUCACAGGCAAUCCCUGUGGGGGCAUCAAAAUGCAGGCUGAGCGUGCCCGCGAGGAGGGCAUCCGGCUCUUUGCCGUGGCCCCCAAUAGGAACCUAAAUGAACAAGGCCUGCGGGAUAUCGCCAACACCCCACAUGAGCUAUACCGAAACAACUAUGCCACCAUGCGACCUGACUCUACUGAGAUUGACCAGGACACCAUCAACCGCAUCAUCAAGGUCAUGAAACAUGAAGCCUACGGAGAGUGCUACAAGGUGAGCUGCCUGGAGAUUCCGGGACCCCACGGACCCAAGGGUUACCGAGGACAGAAGGGCGCCAAGGGCAACAUGGGCGAGCCAGGAGAACCUGGACAGAAAGGACGACAGGGAGACCCUGGCAUUGAAGGCCCCAUUGGAUUCCCAGGACCCAAGGGUGUGCCUGGCUUCAAGGGAGAGAAGGGUGAAUUCGGAUCAGAUGGUCGGAAGGGAGCUCCGGGUCUAGCAGGCAAGAACGGAACAGAUGGACAGAAGGGCAAACUGGGCCGUAUUGGGCCUCCUGGUUGCAAGGGAGACCCGGGAAGUCGGGGCCCCGAUGGAUACCCCGGAGAAGCUGGAAGCCCGGGAGAGCAAGGAGACCAAGGUGCCAAGGGGGACUCUGGCCGCCCAGGACGCAGGGGACCACCAGGAAAUCCUGGAGACAAAGGAAGCAAGGGAUAUCGAGGCAACAGUGGAGCUCCCGGAAGUCCAGGAGUGAAAGGAGGCAAGGGAGGGCCUGGCCCCCGUGGACCAAAAGGAGAGCCUGGACGCAGGGGAGAUCCUGGGACCAAGGGCGGCCCGGGCAGUGAUGGUCCAAAGGGGGAGAAGGGAGACCCUGGUCCUGAGGGGCCACGAGGUCUGGCUGGAGAAAUCGGCAGUAAAGGAGCCAAGGGAGACAGAGGUUUGCCUGGACCCAGAGGCCCCCAGGGAGCUCUUGGGGAGCCAGGGAAGCAGGGAUCUCGGGGAGACCCUGGGGAUGCUGGGCCUCGAGGAGAUUCAGGACAGCCAGGACCCAAGGGAGAUCCUGGAAGGCCUGGAUUCAGCUACCCAGGACCCCGAGGGACACCCGGUGAAAAAGGCGAGCCCGGCCCACCAGGCCCUGAGGGAGGCCGAGGAGACUUUGGUCUGAAAGGAGCACCCGGACGGAAGGGAGAAAAAGGAGAGCCAGCUGAUCCUGGUCCCCCUGGUGAACCUGGCCCUCGGGGGCCAAGAGGAAUCCCAGGACCUGAGGGAGAACCCGGCCCUCCAGGAGAUCCUGGUCUCACGGAAUGUGACGUCAUGACCUAUGUGAGGGAGACCUGUGGGUGCUGUGACUGUGAGAAGCGCUGCGGUGCCCUGGAUGUGGUCUUCGUCAUCGACAGCUCUGAGAGUAUUGGCUACACCAACUUCACCUUGGAGAAGAACUUUGUCAUCAAUGUGGUCAACAGGCUGGGCGCCAUUGCCAAGGACCCCAAGUCUGAAACGGGUACACGUGUGGGUGUGGUACAGUACAGCCAUGAGGGCACCUUUGAGGCCAUCCGGCUGGACGACGAGCGGGUCAACUCCCUGUCCAGUUUCAAGGAGGCCGUCAAAAACCUUGAGUGGAUUGCCGGCGGCACUUGGACGCCCUCUGCCCUCAAGUUCGCCUAUAAUCAGCUCAUCAAAGAGAGCCGGCGCCAGAAGACCCGGGUGUUCGCAGUGGUCAUCACAGAUGGGCGCCAUGACCCUCGAGAUGAUGACCUCAAUCUUCGGGCACUGUGUGACCGAGACGUCACCGUGACAGCCAUCGGCAUCGGUGACAUGUUCCACGAGACCCACGAGAGCGAGAACCUCUACUCCAUCGCCUGUGACAAGCCCCAGCAGGUGCGCAACAUGACGCUGUUCUCUGACCUGGUGGCCGAGAAAUUCAUCGAUGACAUGGAAGACGUCCUUUGUCCGGACCCCCAGAUCGUGUGUCCAGAACUUCCCUGCCAAACAGAUGAACCAUGGCCCGGGAACAAGCCCCCGGUCACCUUCCUCCGCACGGAAGAGGGUCCAGACCCCACCUUCCCCAAGACCAUCCCCCUGAUCCAGCAGUUGCUAAACGCCACGGAGUUCACACAGAACCCAGCUGCCUACUCCCAACUGGUGGCUGUGAUGGUCUACACCGCCGAGAGGGCCAAGUUCUCCACAGGGGUCGAGCGGCAGGACUGGAUGCAGCUGUUCAUUGACACCUUUAAACUGGUGCACAGGGAUAUCACAGGGGACCCAGAGAGCGUGCUGGCACUCUGCUAAAGCUUCGGGCUCACUGCGGGCAGAUAGCCAGAUCUAACCCCUCAUUUCUUUUAGAUUCCCAGGGCUGAGGCCUUAGGCAGUAGGAACCUAGGAACUGGCCCUCCCACUCCUGAGGCCAGAAGUAUAGAACCUUGUGUCUUUAAUAUGACACUCUCUGAAGGGUCCCUCCUAGUUCCUCCAGCCUCUGGUAGAAAUUCCAUCCUUGUGCUUGUGGGCACACCACUCCAGUAUCACUUCUAUUUCCCCAUAGGCUCUUUUCUUUGUAUCCCCAUGUCCCUCCUCCUUUUCCUCUUCCUCUUCCUCCUCCUUCUCUCCCCUCUCCUCUUCCUCCUCCUUCUCUUCUUCCUCCUUCUCUCUCUUCUUCCUCUUCCUCCUCCUCUUCCUCCUCCUCUCCCUUUUUCUCCCUCUUCCUCCUCCUCUUCCUCUCAUGUUUUACAUUUUGUUUUGGGAGAUGAGGUUUCUCUGUUUCACAGCCUUGACUGUUCUGGAACUUGCUCUGUAGGCCUGAAACUCACAGAGCUCCCCCUGCUUCUGCCCCACGCCGCCACCCCCAGUGCUGGGAUUAAAAAAAAAAAAAGGCAUGCUCUCUCGUGCCCCUCUUUGCUCUGAGGACAUCAGUGACCGAAGGCUCACCUUAAGCCCCAGAAGCUCACAUGUGGCAAAGGGCUGUACUGCUGGGAUUAGGUUAAGGUUCAUGAGAUGUAAAUUUCUGGGCAUCUCUCAGCAGAGCACAUCACCUCAGUUCAGCUGAGUCCUGUGUUUGAGAGCACAGAUGGGGGUGGUGCUAUUUGAAUGCUUGGGAAGAUCCCCCUGUCCUGGUCCUUUCUGCGUUCUGAUUGAGCUCAAGGGGUCUCAUCAGGCUAGACGGAUGUCCUCCACCCCAUCUGUGCCCCUCUCUCCCAGGGUGAGGCUUACCCAGUCUCCUCCAGGCCCUGGAGAUGUUGAUGUUGAGGGAAAGUGCUCAAGCCAGCAGCCCCCACUGUCUGUGUGCCUCUGGGCUUGUGCUAAUAACUGAGGGAGUGGGUGAGUUGUGAGGAGCCAGGAGAUCCAGUAGUCCCUCAAAAUUUUCUGGAGCAGAUUUCAGGGAUUGCGGGUACUACAUAAGGUUUUCGACUAAUAUGCUCAGUAGGAAAGACCCUGCCCAUUGAGGCACUACCCGACUCGGGGCUCAGACUCAGAGGUAGUGAGCGAUUGUAAACAUUUUAUAAAGAGAUGAAACGUUUAACUGUG